UUCAAAAACCUUCAAGGGCUAUAUUAAACAUACACUCGCACACGAAAGAGCAGAUAGAGCAGGGUUUAUAAGUUAAGCCAGCAGCGGGCGCCUUGGAGUAUUGGUCACAGAUUUUCGAAGUUUUGUGGAAAUUAGGGAAGCGAGUUGAGAAGUUUAUCUAAGGAGUGCAAUGGAGAAAGGUGCAAAUUUUUUGUUUGCGGGCGUUAAUUUUAAUAAAAAGAGAUUUUCAAGUGAUUUUGCCAGGUUCCAGGAGAAGAAAGAGAGUGAUAAUUCAGUGGAGGAUUUUAGUUUGUUUGAGAGUGAAAAAACUGAACCUGAGGAAGUUAAGGUGUCUGUCAAGAAACGAAAGCGCAAGACAAUUGUAUCAGAAGAAACGGUGGAGGGUUUCAACGUCUUUAAAAGUUCAAUGCAAUCAGCUCCUCUGGUGAAUGAAGAAAAUGUCAAAGAGGAAGAUGGGCAUACCAAAGCGAAAAAAGAACUAUAUAGACAAAUAGAGCGCGAUGCUCUUUUUAGAAAGAAGUAUAACAUUCAUGUAUCAGGGGCCAACGUUCCUUCACCACUUAAGACUUUUGCAGAGCUGAGCUCAAGAUAUGGAUGUAAGUCAUAUUUGUUACACAAUUUGGCUGAACUUGGAUAUAAGGAGCCAACACCAAUACAAAGGCAGGCUAUUCCAGUCCUCCUAUCUGAUCGGGAAUGCUUUGCAUGUGCACCAACUGGAUCUGGAAAAACCCUGGCCUUUUUGUCUCCCAUGCUUAUGAAACUUAAGCGCACAUCAAAAGCUGGCAUUAGAGCUGUUAUUCUGUGUCCUACACGAGAGUUAGCUGCUCAGACAACCAGAGAAUGCAAAAAACUGGCAAAAGGAAAAAAGUUUCAUAUUAAAUUAAUGAAGAAAGAACUUGUAAGAAGUGCUGAUUUGUCAAAAUUUUCUUGUGAUAUUCUUAUAUCAACACCACUGCGAUUACGGCUGGCCAUCCGGAAAAGAAAGAUUGAUUUAAGCAGGGUUGAGUAUCUAGUCCUGGAUGAAGCUGAUAAGCUGUUUGAGGUUGGCGACUUGUUAAAGCAGAUCGAUCCUGUGGUCAAGGCAUGCUCUAAUCCUUCAAUAGUACGUUCAUUGUUCAGUGCUACAUUACCUGAUUUUGUUGAGGAGCUUGCACGAUCAAUAAUGCAUGACGCUGUUCGAGUAAUAGUUGGUAGGAAGAAUACAGCUUCUGAAUCAAUCAAGCAAAAGUUGGUUUAUGCUGGAAGUGAAGAGGGGAAGCUUCUUGCACUUCGACAAAGCUUUGCAGAGAGCUUGAGUCCACCGGUACUAAUAUUUGUCCAAAGCAAAGAACGAGCCAAGGAACUCUAUGGAGAGCUGGCAUUUGACAACAUCAGAGCUGGUGUCAUACACUCCGAUCUGUCACAAACAGAGCGGGAUGAUGCUGUUGAUGACUUCAGAGCAGGUAAAACAUGGGUGUUGAUUGCCACUGAUGUCAUUGCCCGGGGAAUGGAUUUCAAAGGUGUCAACUGUGUCAUUAAUUAUGAUUUUCCGGAUUCCGCUUCUGCAUACAUCCACAGGAUAGGACGGUCUGGUAGAGCAGGGAGGAGCGGAGAAGCCAUCACUUUCUACACAGAAGAUGAUAUUCCAUUUCUUCGCAAUAUAGCAAAUGUCAUGAAAGCUUCAGGUUGUGAAGUUCCAUCUUGGAUCCUGGCAUUACCCAAACUAAAGGGGAAGAAGCAUCGACCACGAAGAGACUCAAUUUCAACCAGACCAAAAGAUGAGGUGGCGUUACCCAAACCUAAGGGUAAGAGGCAUCGACCAAGAAGAGACUCAGUUUCAACCAAACCAAAAGAUGAGGAAGAGUAGAACUUAGUGGAAGAAAAUUUUGGGCUCCAAUUCUUUGUUUUGAUCAUUUUAAGUUUUGUUUGUUGUAGAAGCUAUUGUUUAAAUUGUGAAUUUGAACUCAAAUUCCAUGGAUUUGGAACCUGGACCAGUUGGUUCGACCAAGACCUGGUGACCAGUCGGGGAAGGUAAUUUUGGUUUUCACAGGUUUAACCACCUGGUCACAGCAGAUAAUUCAUUAUGCUUUUGCACUUGAGAGAGUUCUAGCAAUAGCAAUAGUAUGGUAUGUAAUGCACGAGCCACAUUUCUAUUAGUUAUUUAUUGAUCUAAGAUUAACUUUUUAUUCUCAA